GCUACACAGACUUUGCCAAUGCCAAAAAGUAAAUCUUUAACAACUAGACUUCCCAGACCUUCCACCCUCAAUUCAAAUUGCAUGCUAAGAAGCUUCCCGUGUUCCAUACUUCUUUCCAUCACCUGCAAAUAAACACUGAAGCCAACAUGCACGCCCAUACCAUCAUUUUCACCUUUGCCGGCCUCCUCUGCACAACAAUCGUCAUUGCGGAGCAACCACGAGCUAUCAUUGAUGCUGAACCCGGUCUCACUCCCCGACAACAGCAAGCUUGUGACACAGCAGCUUCAUCAGUGCUCAGCUCAAUCCCAACUGGUACUGGGGCCUUCGCCAGCUUCCUCGCUUCUAUAACUGGCGCUGUCAGCCCCACACGGGUUUGCCAAAUCAUUUCGGCGCUUCCGUCCUCCCUUGAAUCCGAAGCUUCAUCCUACGACAAUGUAUUGGUAUCAUGGUUUGGCACCGAAAGCUCCCGGAUCAACUCUCUCGUAUCAGCCUGCUCCAAUGAUUCUGCGGUACAGAGCCUAGCAUCAAGGACAUCAGGUCUGGCAGCCUAUGCUAGUGGCUGCAAUGCCACCACCACUUCAGGGGGUUCAUCUUCAGGAACUAGCGCGAGCGGCGCCGGCGCUACCGGAUCGUCAACUGGGGGCUCCUCCUCUAAUGGUGCACCAACGCAGAUUGGGUUGGCCGCUGGUGCCGUUGCCGUAGCAGGAUUCCUUGGCGCUAUGGCAAUGUUGUAAACUAUCAACAAUGUGGAAGACAAUGGGGAUUUAAUCGGGUGCUGGUAUGUUUGUUUUCUGUGAAAUCUUGUUCGUAGAUGAGAACAACGAUAGAAAGAAGUAAUCGCAUAUAUGCACAGAUACAGGGCAAAUCGGGGGGUCAUUCUAUGAACAACAAUCAACGAUUGAUAUUGAACACUCUGAUUAGUCUCUUAUGGUUGUUUAUACUCAUGCUUAUCAUUACAGGGCUGAUUACCAACUCUAUCCUUAACGCACAUGUCUAAUCCAAAACCUCAUAGGUGUUUAUUUAUAUUAAGUAAAUCAAAAUCUUUUGUGCGCAUGUGUACCUUUACAAACAAUAAUCGGUGGUACUCGCUGAUCUAUGAGAUUUGAGAACGACC